AUGUGUUUAGUUUUACUCAGAGGCUUAAUUAGUGAAUGGCCUAGAUCCAGAGCAAGUGCUAAUGAACAGAUCACACCUGGAAGCAGAUCUAUACUUCAGAGCAGCCCGUGUUGCCAGAAGUGCCCAUCUUGUAGGCCUCAUCCCAGCAUUAGGCCUGUUGCUGUUUCAGGAGUGGAUGUCAGUAUGAACACGCAUCUCAAAGCGGUGAAGAUGACGCUGAAGAACAGGGAGCCUGUGCAACUGGAGACGCUGAGCAUUCGAGGGAAUAACAUUCGCUACUUCAUCCUGCCGGACAGCUUGCCUCUGGAUACCUUGCUAGUGGAUGUGGAACCAAAAGUCAAGUCCAAGAAGAGAGAAGCAGUUGCUGGAAGAGGCCGUGGCCGAGGCCGUGGGAGAGGCAGAGGUCGCGGCAGAGGAAGAGGAGGUCCCAGGCGAUAACUUCUCACUGCAAGUCCUCUUACCACAUUCUGGACAAUUUCGGAGAGUUUUUGUACAGGUCUUGUUUACGGUGUCCAUUUUUAAUAAA